AUGUGGCCCGCUACUGAAUCGCCGUUCAAGGGUAACUGGGGUUAUUAUACAGGGACAGUAUCAUCAGGGUCGGGUGCCAUAGACUCUACUUCAGCCGUAAAUGACCUGGCAGGCAGCUUCUACACAGCUUUCAGCGGCGCCUGCACCGACACGGGCACUCCUAUCGUUACGACCACCACCACAAUGUCACUUUAUACAGAUUCACAGCUUCCAGGAGGUGCGAGGGGUUCGAUUACGCAAACAACCGAGCCGGCCACUUACUACGCAUGUGCCGCAACCACAGUGAGCGUCGCGCCAUGGUGGGUCGCGUCCGAUGAAUCUUCAGGGGGCGUUGACCAGAGUGGAACUUUGGAAGUUGCGAUUAUUGAGUCCCAGUACUCUUUGGAGAACCUCGACACAUGGCUUUGGUCUCUAGCGUGGAGAUUUGCGCAUGCGGCAGUCAAUUCCAUUACCAUUGAUUACGUCGACAACCCGGAUGCCGGAGGGUAUGAUGCUACGUCAUCCACCACGAACAAGUUCCCUUUUUUUUUGGUCCCGCAACAAGUCCAGCUCAUGUACGGAGAUAGUCUUAAUGAUGGCAUAGGGCUAGAGCGGAUAACAGCGCAAACGACUUGGAAGGAAGGCUCGGAGUCAGAACUGGCGUGCGAAAUCGCGAAGGAUGUUGAGGAGGGGCUCAUGGCCUUCGCAUCCUUCGCAGCAGGGCCUGAAGGGGCAGCUAUGGGACUUACGAUGUCGACGGAAGUGAGAAUGGCCAUAUCGUACGGGGUACAAGCUGGCCGUUUCAUUAUGGGAUGCUCCGGUUCCGAGUGA